GGCACCCUGGAGUAUCACAACGCCAAGGUCGUGGGCACGGAAGAGGCAGAGGACGGCUCCGCGGCUGUGCGGGGCCUCUACCUGUAACCCACGCACAAGUCUCUGAAGCCCUGUCCCUUCUUCCUGGAGGGCAAGUGCCGCUUCCUGGACAACUGCAGGUUCUCCCAUGGGCAGGUGGUCCCUGUGGAUGAGCUGCGCCCCUUCCAGGACCCGGACCUGAGCUCCUUGCAGGCUGGUUCUGCAUGUCUGGCCAAGCAACCAGAUGGUCUCUGGUACCCAGCACGGAUCACUGAUAUGGACAGCGGCUACUACACAGUCAAGUUUGACUCGCUGCUGUUGAAGGAGGCCGUUUUGGAGGGGGACAGCAUCCUUCCCCCACUGCGCCCAGAGCCUGCAGUAUCCUCUGACUCAGACAGUGGUGACCCGGACGAUUCCAGCUAUGCCAGAGUGGUGGAACCCGGCGCCACCGACCACGGGGCCUGCAGCUCUGUCUUUGCGGGCUGGGAGGUGCACACGCGGGGCAUCGGCUCCAGGCUGCUCGCCAAGAUGGGCUAUGAGUUUGGCAAGGGUCUGGGCCGACACUCGGAUGGCCGGGUGGAGCCCAUCCACGCUGUGGUGCUGCCUCGAGGGAAGUCGCUGGACCAGUGUGCAGAGAUCCUACAGAAGAGGACCAAGGGCAGCAAGGCUGGCACUAGUCGGGCCCCAAAAUACCGGGGCAGAGGAGGCAGGCCUGAGGGCCGCCCGCCCCCUCGGAGCGUGUUUGACUUUCUGAAUGAGAAGCUGCAGGGCCAGGCUCCUGGGACCCUGGAGGCAGGAGCUGCCACCCCUGGGAGGAGAAGUGGCAAGGAGCUGUACCAUGCCAGCAAGGGCACCAAGAGGGCCCUGAGCCUGCGGCUCUUCCAGACCGAGGAGAAGAUUGAGCAGGCCCAGCGGGACAUCCGGGGCAUCCAGGAGGCCCUCGCCCGCAACACUGGCCGGCACAGCGUGACCGUGGCCCAGCUGCAGGAGAAGCUGGCAGGAGCCCAGCGGCAGCUGGGGCAGCUCCGGGCCCAGGAAGCGGGCCUGCAGCGGGAGCAGAGGAAGGCGGACACCCACAAGAAGAUGACAGAGUUCUAGAGCCCAGCAUGUGCCAGGGACAGGGCUCGGCUCCAGCUCCCACAGCCUCCGGAAGACCUGCUGUCCUCCAAUAACUAGAUGCCGACAGAAGAGGGACCACCCCCAGACCAGACCUCACGGUCAGCCUAUUGCCAGGCCGGGGUGUGCGGACAUUGCUGAGUGGAGAUUGGGUACAGGGGUCACGUCUUGAUGCUCACGUGCCCACAGAGCCCCCCUGCCAGUGUCUGCUUAUCAAGGACAUUAAAGUGACUUUGUCGCUGUC